AUGUCCCUUCACAACGACGGCCUAAACCGAUGCGGACUCCCUUUACCAACGCUUCGCCUUUCUCCCAAAGACUGGCUCGCCGUGCAACUCGUGGAAGGUUUCGGAAGGUGCUCUGGCCGCAUCGAGGUGUAUUUUGAAGGCGCGUGGUGCACCGUGUGUGACGACCAGUGGGACGAGAGCGAAGCCCAGGUGGUGUGCCGGCAGCUGGGCUGCGGGGCGGCCGUCUCCGCCCCUGGAGAGGCCCGCUUUGGCCAGGGCUCCGGCCCCAUCCUUCUGGACGAGGUGCAGUGUUCGGGGGCGGAGGCCUCCCUGGCGCAGUGCUCCCACGCCGGCUGGUUCACGCACAACUGUGAGCACAGGGAGGACGCUGGUGUCAUCUGCUCAGACCCUGAGAUCCUGACACCGUUUCCUGGUGACUGGCCGCAGUUGCAGCUGGUGAACGGGUCAGGCAGAUGUUCUGGGCGUGUGGAAGUCUUCUACCACCGCCAGUGGGGCAGGGUCUGUGAUGACCACUGGGACAUGAAGGACGCCCAGGUGGUGUGCCGGCAGCUGAGCUGCGGGCGCGCCCUCGAGGCCCCCGGGGAGGCCCACUUUGGGGACGGGGAAGGCGAGUUUCUGCUGGAUGACGUGGACUGCACGGGCGGAGAGCGUUUUCUGGGCCAGUGUCCUCACGCCGACUGGUCCCUCCAUAACUGCGGUCCUGGAGAAGACGCCAGUGUCAUCUGCUCAGAAGCCAAGCCCGGGCUGAGGCUGGUGGAUGGCCCAGGAAGAUGCUCUGGGCGGGUGGAGGUUUCCUACCAGGGCACCUGGGGGUCGGUGUGUGAUGACGGCUGGGGCCUGGAGGAGGCGCAGGUCGUGUGCAGGCAGCUUGGGUGCGGCCCGGCAGUGUCCGCGCCCCCGGGCGCCCACUUCGGCCCAGGCCUUGGAAAGAUCCUCCUGGACAGUGUGCACUGCAGCGGCGAGGAGAGCCACCUGGCCCUGUGUGCCCACGACGCCUGGUUCACUCACAACUGUGGACACGAGGAGGAUGCCGGAGCCAUCUGCUCGGGUGAGGGGGCUGCGAGGGCCUGGAUGGCCGUGAGGCUGGUGGAUGGCACGGGGAGGUGCUCAGGCCGCGUGGAGGUUCUCGUCCAGGGCACGUGGGGGACCGUGUGUGACGACCUCUGGGACCUGGCCGAGGCCACCGUCGUGUGCCGCCAGCUGCAGUGUGGCCAGGCCGUGGCGGCCCCCACGGGAGCGCACUUUGGGGCAGGCUCUGGGAAGAUCGUGCUGGACGAUGUGCAGUGUCUGGGCAGCGAGAGCCACCUGGGGCAGUGCGUGCCAAGGGGCGGGGCCGGGCACAACUGCGGGCACCUGGAGGACGCCAGCGUCAUCUGUGCAGGUGCUGAUGGUUCAACAGGCCCAGCUCCAACCACAGAGCCUGAAGCCGCCACCCCUCCGUACGCACUGUCCGCAUCCCUCAUCCCCGGAGACUGGUCACCCCUUGACUGCCAUGGCAGGGACGGUGGCUGCAGCCUUGACUGCACCAGUGAGUACUUUGAAAUCCUGGACGGCCCUCCAUCCUCGGCGAGGUCCUUGGGGAGGGCCUGCUCCGGCACCCACCUCACCUUCGUGUCCGCCUCCAACUGCAUGACUGUCGUGUAUUUCCGAAGCUCCAACAACACAGGGGAAAACUUCAUUGCUUAUUAUCUUUCUGAAACCAGAGCAAUCCCCACGGCAACACCCCAGAUGGUGACAGCAAGACCAGGGCACCAGCUGGAGCUGCGGCUGGUGGGCGGCUCAGGACGCUGCUCAGGACGCGUGGAGGUCCUGCACCAGGGGGCCUGGGGCACCGUGUGCGACGACCUGUGGGACCUGAACGAAGCCGAGGUCGUGUGCCGGCAGCUGGGGUGCGGGCGGGCCGUGUCCGCCCUCGGGAAGGCCUACUUCGGCCCGGGCUUUGGCGACAUCCUCCUGGACAACCUGCAGUGCGCAGGGGUGGAGCGGCACCUGGGCCAGUGCGCCCACACGGGCUGGUCAGAGCACAACUGCGGCCACCACGAGGACGCGGGCGUCAUCUGCUCAGGUAUCCUCUCCCCCUUCCAAGAGUCAUCGCCCAUCCCAAAGUGCCCCAGGACCACCCUGCUGGAGCUCAGGGUCAGCCAGGGUCAAAGAUCUGCUGGGGACUCACACACCCCAUCUCUGUCCAUAGGGGACCAGCUGGAGCUGCGGCUGGUGGGCGGCUCAGGACGCUGCUCAGGACGCGUGGAGGUCCUGCACCAGGGGGCCUGGGGCACCGUGUGCGACGACCUGUGGGACCUGAACGAAGCCGAGGUCGUGUGCCGGCAGCUGGGGUGCGGGCGGGCUGUGUCCGCCCUCGGGAAGGCCUACUUCGGCCCGGGCUUUGGCGACAUCCUCCUGGACAACCUGCAGUGCGCAGGGGUAGAGCGGCACCUGGGCCAGUGCGCCCACACGGGCUGGUCAGAGCACAACUGCGGCCACCACGAGGACGCGGGCGUCAUCUGCUCAGAUGCAGACGACCUGCCUCCUCCCACACCUCCAGGAGGAAGUCGCUCUUGUGGAGGGGUCAUUUCUGGUCUCUCGGGGGCAUUUUCCAGUCCACUGUACCCAGAAAACUACCCGACAGACAUACAGUGUGUUUGGGAGAUCCAUGUGGAUAAGAAAUUCCGCAUAGAACUCAUGAUUCCAACCCUAAAGCUGGAGGAUAACCUCGGAUGCCCCUACGACUCAGUUGAAAUCUUCGAUGGCCCCAGGAUUGCCGCGCUGUCCAUGGGGAAGUUCUGUGCUUCAGUAGCUGUGAUGUUUUUCUCCUCCUCCAACAUCUUGACGGUGGUAUUCCGAAGUGACGCUGUGAUCACCAGCGCUGGCUUCUAUGCGCUGUUCACCGCGGUUCCUCAGGGCGCAGGCGGCUCAGAAGAUGGACCAGAGCUGAGGCUGGUGGGCGGCUCAGGAAGGUUCUCGGGACGUGUGGAGGUCCUGCACCAGGGGGCCUGGGGCACCGUGUGCGACGACCUGUGGGACCUGAACGAAGCCGAGGUCGUGUGCUGGCCCCUGGGGUGCGGGCGGGCCGUGUCCGCCCUCGGGAAGGCCCACUUCGGCCUGGGUUCUGGCGACAUCCUCCUGGACAACAUCCAGUGUUCUGGAAGUGAGAGCCACCUUGGCCAGUGCCCAAGCUCUGGCUGGUCAGACCACAAUUGUGGUCACCAUGAGGAUGCUGGCGUCAUCUGCUCAGCCUGGGAACCUCCAUGCACUGUGCGUCCUAGGGCUUGGGGGCAGCACCCCAGCUCAGGCGCCUCUGUUGUCCCGUCCCCAGGCGCGUCCCUGAGGCUGGGGAACGGCAGUCACCGGUGUGAGGGCCGGGUGGAGGUCUUCUACAGCGGCACGUGGGGCACUGUGUGCGAUGACAGCUGGGACCUGGUGGACGGGGUGGUGUGCCGGCAGCUCGGCUGUGGCGAGGCCUUGUCGGCUCCAGCCCAGAGCUACUUCGACAGAGGCACCGGCCACAUCACACUGGACGACGUGAAGUGCACGGGGAAUGAAACCAAGCUGUGGCAGUGCCCGCACAAUGGCUGGUUCUCCCACAACUGCGGGCACCACGAGGAUGCCAGCGUCAUCUGUUCGGGUAUUGAUGGCAGUCCCAAAGGAAGACCGACAGAUGAAAAUUUCCACUGUGGUGGUUUGCUCACGAAUAAUUCGGGCUCUUUCUCCAGCCCAUGGUAUCCUAAAAAGUACCCCACCGACGUGGUGUGUGUCUGGGACAUCCAAGUGGAGAGCAGGGCUCGUGUCAGACUCACCUUUGAGGUGGUGAAGAUGGAAAACUUCUACGGCUGCCCCUACGACUUCAUUGAAAUCUUCGAUGGCCCACAGAAUGAAUCUUUUUCACUGGGGAAGUUCUGCUCCGGUACAACUCCGAUGUUUACCUCCUCGGCCAACCGCCUGACAGUCGUCUUCCACAGCGACGCCAUCGUCACCAACGUCGGCUUUUAUGCAUCCUACGAGUCUCUCGCGCAGGGCGAGAACAGCACUGACGUGGCGCUCAGGCUGGCCAACGGCAGCCACCCGUGCGAGGGCCGCGUGGAGCUGCACUUCAACGGCAGCUGGGGGACGGUGUGUGACGAUGGCUGGGACCUGCGGGAUGCCGAGGUGGUGUGUAGGCAGCUGGCCUGCGGCGGGGCUGUCGCGGCCCCCGAGAGGGCGAGGUUCGGCCGAGGCCUGGGCCCCAUCGCCUUGGAUGAUGUGGAUUGCGUGGGGACCGAAGCCAGGCUGUGGCAGUGCCUGCACGGCGGCUGGUUCUCUCACAACUGCGGCCACCACGAGGAUGCCAGCGUCGUCUGCUCAGACCCGCCCCUGCGCCUGGUGGGCGGGCGCAGCCGCUGCGAGGGCCGGGUCGAGGUCCGGCGCCAGGACGUGUGGGGCACCGUGUGCGACGACCACUGGAACAUCAAGAACGCGCGCGUCGUGUGCCGAGUCCUGGGCUGCGGGCGUGCGCUGAGCGCCCUGGGCCGCGGCCGAUUUGGCCCGGGCUCGGGGCCCAUCCUGCUGGACAACGUGCGCUGCGCGGGCACCGAGGAUGCGCUGGGACACUGCGCCCACUCGGGCUGGGCGCAGCACGACUGCUCCCACGAGGAGGACGCGGGCGUGGUCUGCGCAGGUCCAGCCAUUUCUCCUGCUGGCAGAGGCCCCUCUGUAAAUGGUCCAGCUGAGUCUGUUGUACCCAAAGACAAUGCCCAGCUCACCUGUUUGCCUCACCUCUUCCAAGUCGUCAUUGACCGAGGCUACCUCCGGAGGCUGGGCUAUUCCUCCUGGGACAUCCACAUGAACGACGAGCUGUGUCGCCCCCAAGUCACAGGGCGCUACCUGGUCUUCAGCAUUCCCUAUGGCCGCUGUGGCACCGUCCAACAGGAAAGCCUCGGCUCCCUCAGCUACUCCAACUCCAUCAGAGGACGAAGACGGGGCCACCCUGGCCGAGUCAUCAUGCGGCACAAGGUGCCUCAGCUGAAGUUCACCUGCAGGGAAGACGGCCCGGCCGUGGUUGACGUCAUCCCUGGGGCCAAUGUCCUGAGGGAGGGUGCCGGCUACGACGUGUCCAUAUCGUUCCUCGAGUUGCCCGUGGCCCAGCACGUGGGGAGCAUGGGGCCGCACCACGCCAGCCGGAGGAAAGAGGUCGUCCUCCAGGCCACACUCCAUAGCCCUGAUCCCAGGCUGAGGCUCUUCGUGGAUACCUGUGUGGCUUCUCCGGAUCCCCGUGACUUCACGACUGUCAAGCAUGAUUUGAUCCGGCAAGGGUGCAUCAAAGACAAUGCUUAUGUCAACCUCCACUCCCACCAGAAGAACACAGCCCUGUUCAAGGUCAAUGUCUUCGGCUUUCUCACCAGCUACGAUGUGAUCUACCUGCAGUGUAAGGUCGCCGUGUGCAAGGCGGAGGACCGCUCCUCCCGCUGCCCCCAGGGCUGUGCAGGGAGGAGUAAGAGGGAGGCAGGCCCCACGGAGGCCACAGAAGAGCAGAUGGGGCAUUUCCAAAUGGUGGGACCACUGGAGAUCCACAAAGGAACUGAUCAGAGAAAGACCCUUGCCUGAGUCCUCCCAAGUUUCACAUAGAUCUCUUAGAAAUAGAAGCGAAUUCUCUUUCUGCUCAACAGAGUAGUAAGUCUGACUCAUCUGAGGUGGCCCACGGAGAGACAAGUAAAAGGAAUAGCUCAAGAGGUUCUCUCUGAGGUUUGUUGUAAAUAAACCUUCUCUGCUGACUCAGUGUCUGAAGCAAUCGCUGUCUUCACAGCUACGAGUGUCGCAUUUCCUAACUCUUCACUAUUAAGAAUUGAUCAUUGUUGUAAAUUGUACAAAAUGUUAUGACAAUUGAUUAUCUCUUGAUACCACAUUGCCAACUUUUUUUUUUUUUAACUGACUCACUCGUUAAUGUUCAGCUGCUAUUAGGUGGAUCAUUUUGUUUCUGUCCUUCUGGUGGUGUGGGAAUUUAAUUUCAGGUCUUAC